AUGAACUUUCUCAAGUCUGCUGUGGCCUCGGCCAUUGCUCAGGGGCCUCCCUUCCCCUAUACGUUUGGCGAUCGCGUCGACGUGGAUCAGUCUAUCUGGACUCUGUACAAUGGCACGAAGCGAGAGGACGGAUCGAACUGUAGCAUAUUUUCAUUCGACAUCACAAACAACAAAUCGCGACUGCCCCUUGCGAAGAAUGCGCUGAAGAAGCUGAGGACUAUGAGACAUCCCGGGACCGAGACAUAUAUCUAUAUUGCAACCGAGCGGCUGGUUCCCCUACGAUGGCAUGUGAAACGCAAGAGUCUUAGCCCCGAGACCAUGAAAUGGGGUCUUUACAGUGUUGCUCGAACCAUUAAAUUCAUCAAUGACGAUGCAUCAUCGAUUCAUGGCAAUCUCAAAGUGGCGUCGAUAUACACAUCGGAAAGCGGCGAAUGGAAAGUUGGAGGCUUUGAGGUUCUAAGCAAUGUCAAAGAUGAUGAGGCUACAUACGGGAGCUUAGUCCCUGACUCAUCAAGAUACACGCCGCCAGAGUUGGCGCGGUCCGGUUGGGACUCCAUAAAGAAGAGCCCUCAUUCUGCAGUUGAUGCUUUUAACUACGGAACGCUACUUUUUGAAGUUUUCAAUGGCGACUUUAUGGGUGCAGAUCAGGCUGGGCAGACCAAGAACAUUCCGCCGACCAUGCAGUCCAGCUACAAGCGUCUGGUCAAUGCAAACCCAAAAGCCAGGCUCAGUGUCGGACAUUUUCUAGAGCAAGGCCUUCGCCACGGGGCCUUCUUUGAUACACCAUUGAUCAAACUUACGGACGGAGUUGAUAACCUCGGUAUGAAGUCGGCUGAAGAGCGUGACGAGUUUCUUGAUGAUCUCGAUCAACUUACGGAUGACUUCCCCGAAGACUUCUUUAAAAUGAAGGUUCUUCCAGAAUUGUUGAAAUCUGUAGAAUUCGGAGGUGGUGGUCCCAAGGCCCUCAACGUGGUCAUGAAAAUUUCGGCAAAACUCUCAAAUGAUGACUUUGACACAAAGGUUACUCCGGUCAUCAUACGGCUGUUUGGAAACCCAGAUCGGGCUAUUCGCGUCUGUUUGCUCGAUAGUCUGCCGUUGAUGAUCGACAGGCUGUCUCAAAGGGUUGUUAACGAUAAGAUCUUUCCCCACUUAGUAACUGGCUUUACCGACUUGGCUCCCGUUGUUCGAGAGCAAACACUAAAGUCAGUACUUGUCAUUAUAUCGAAACUCUCUGACCGUACUGUAAACGGCGAGCUCCUGAAAUACCUUGCAAAAACUGCAAACGAUGAGCAGCCGGGUAUCAGGACGAAUACCACAAUAUGCCUAGGCAAGAUUGCCAAAAACUUAGAAGUGGCCGAGGACGAUGCUGAUGCUUGGGGUGAUAUGGACGAUGGUGGAGAUGAUGGCUUCUUUGAUGCCUCAAACGACAGUCAACCGCAGUCUCUUUCAUCGUCCACAACGGUGCCGAAGAAGAGCACAUCCGGCAGCAGGACAACAAGUGGCGGCAGCGCUGCGCCUUUUGACGAUGGUGCAGAGCCAGAUUUUGCUGGGUGGCUGGCCGCUCAAGCUCAGAAGAAGUCGGGCCCAGGCAAACAACUACCCAAGGGACUGGCAAAACCAACUGGCUCUCUAGCUGCUAAAAAGCCAGCGACUGUAACGAAGCCGGCCGCGAAACCAAUCGCUGCAAAGAAAAUUGAUCUAAAGCCAAAAGAAACUGCCGACGAUGACGGCUGGGGCGAUGGCUGGUAA